AUGUCUCAUGAACACACUGGUGGCGAGCGUACUGCUCCGUGGUAUGCAGUGCCGCCACAGGACGUUGUCAGCGUAGAACACCCAUGUGUUGUAAGAAACAUCGAUAAAGCCAUUGAUACCCUCCAAGGCCAUGCAGCAAUAUCAGAAAUGCUUGAUGCGUCAAAUCGAGACUCACCCUUGACUCUCAUGUUGAAUCCGGAAGAUGUCAUGAGUAGGCCAAUAAGAUCUACAAGCAAGCAGACAAACAAUAUUCUUCUCAAGGUUACUGUGCCCAGGAGGACCGGGCGAAGGCGGAAGCGAGGUUCUCAGGACCCGUUCGUUGAUAGCCAUGAGGAUGGGGAAGCGACGCCUCUUAGCCAACUAGAUGCUCGAGGCCUUCUUCAGCGUCUACGGGAAGAUGCCGGGCGGUACCAAGUAGAUGUUGUUGGCCAGGUUAAUCGAACACAUGUUUUUAGAGGACUGCCUGAUUUUGCAUACUCAACGACAAGCAGCCCUUUCAUACAAAAAUUCCGAGAGACGAUAUUACCAUUCGAGUCCCUAAGUAACAACGACGUUGCCUUCCAAUAUCUCUACCGACAAAACCCAACAGUGAAGCGUUCGAUUGACCCAUCUGGCCAAGUAACAACUGCCAACACCCAACGAAUAGUAAAGAUACCCACUCACCUUGUGUCUUACGACAUAUCAGCGGUACCAACGGAGCCACAACCAAAUUGCCCACCACUGUCAGAUCAGGACCCUACGGUCCACGACACUGUGGCUGCCCUGCGCGCACUUUUUAAUGAAAGACCAGCUUGGACUCGUCGCGCUCUUCGUAACAAACUGCCCACACCCGAAAGAAAAUAUGCCCUCCGUAUCGCCAUUCCAUAUGUCGGCUACCUCUUCCGCUCGGGACCCUGGCGAGAUGGCAUAUUCAAAUUUGGCUUUGAUCCCCGAAUCUCGCCUGAUUACAGAAUCUAUCAAACGCUUAUGUUCCGCCUUUUCCCAGUCUCAGCGGAGACGGAGGGACGGGAGCAGGAAAAUGACCCAAACGCACAAUUUACAACUACCACCACCCCUCUGUCGGGAAGGCGACACACUCUUCCUCGCCUAUCGUUUGAAAACAACACUGACCCUACACUCGCUAGAUCGCAUAUCUGGACUGGCGAACCGCCACUCUCCAAAGAUGGAAAGACCUGGAUGAUAGUAGAUAUUGAAGAUCCCAUACUCGCCCGGCUACUAGAUCCUUCGUCUCCUGACGCCCAUCCUCCUCGGGAAAAGUGUGAUAUCUAUUCCUGUGGGUGGUACGGCAACGUUACACUCUCAAUAGUUCGCACGAUAAUGCGUAUGAAGAUGACCAUGAUGAUGGAAGGCCGAACAGACUGGCCUUCGGAGCAAGAGUUAUUGCCUCUACUGAGUCUGCCGAGCCAUGUAGAUUCAGAGGAGGAUCUGAAUAAGCUAACUCUGGUUAAGGAUGGGCUGGGACCCGUACCAUCACAUUUACUCACAGAGAUUCGAGCAGUGGCUCGAAAUGUGCCGUGGAAAAUGGACAAGAUGAGGGAGAGAUUUAGGGGAGCCGUUGGGCCUUUAGGGAGGAGUGAAAAGAGAGUUAGAUGGGACGAUCAACCGGACGAGGAUGAAGAUGAUGGGGAGGGUGAGGAGCCGGAGCAAGAUCGGGACGAUGAUGAAGACGAUGAAGACGAAGUAAUGGGAGAUUACGAUGAAGGGGAAGAUGUCGAUAUCGAUUCCCAGAAGGGAUAG